AUGUGUCCCAAAGCCGCCCACGGCGACUGUCCUCUAGAGGAAACAGCCUGCCAUAUAAUCCCCUCAAUCACCGGCAAACGCAUCCUAAUAACAGGCUGCGCCUCCGGAAUCGGCAAAGCAACCGCCGAAGUCUUCGCAGCACACGGCGUGCACAUGGUGAUAUGUGACAUACAAGACAAAGCCGGCCAAACUAGAUCCGAGUUCCACGCCGUCGUGGAAGCCGCAGUCCGAUUCCUCGGCGGGCUAGACAGUUUAAUCCACUCAUCAGGCUACAUCCACCAAGAUGUCGCCGAGAGCAUCGCCGAGAGUGAGAUAGACCGCAUGCUAGAUGUCAAUAUCAAGGGAACGAUCUUCAUGAACCAGGCCGUCUUCCCGUAUCUCAAGACUCGGGGCGGCACGAUUCUGAACUUCGGAUCUGAUCUUGCGUCCGAGCCGCUGCCGCUUCUGGCUCAUUAUUCCGCGUCGAAGGGUGCCGCUGUUUGGACGCCCAUGAUUGAUGGGUAUCGGGAGAAUCUUGAGACGGAGAAUGUUGGGGGACAUGAUGUUUUUAUGAAUGAUCGGGUUUGUCUGGGGGAGAAGUUUGGGGAUGUGGAGAUUGAUUUGGUUCCUGUUCUUGCGUUUUUGGUUUCGGAUGCUUCGCGCUGGAUUACGGGCCAGUUGGUGCCUGUUAAUGGUGGGCUCUCGCUAGGACGUUAG